GAGCACACACGAGUGGGACACACGAUAUCGACAACCACUUUCCCCCUUCAGACUGAACGCUCACUGCUCUUGCUCCCUUCGAGUACUUGUAUCAUAUCAUACCAGGGCAAGUUCGGACCUUCUCGUGUCACGGAAACUCCGCUUUUUACAGGUACCGGUAUUCAAAACACCCUGACCUGACCUUCCACUGUGGUUGGUACACACUCUCUCCCUCUCCCUUUGGCUCUUUCACAGACGGCACGGCUCCUUCCCCUUCACUCUGCCCAAUACACAUUACUUGUGCAUUGCACCAAAUUACGGUUGUCGUGGUUAUCGGGCACCAGUGGGGAGGAAUAGAAGAGAGCGUCACAAUCCGACAAUAACCUUCCUCUCCGCCAAUCAUCAAUUCAUUAUUGGCUAGACUUGGCGUGCUCCCUCCGUGCUCCCUUUCUCCUCUUGGCUCGAUUUCUCACCGUUUUCUUCCUGCAGGAACCGGUUUGUGGAAACUCGCUUAUUGGACGCCUCAUCCUGCACUCGAUAUCCGCUUUUCCUACCAUUUUCCCCCCUUGCAGCAAGCGCCCACCGCUCAUCGUCUGCCUAUUCACACCCUUACUAUUGGCCCCCCGUCCCCACCCACUCGCCCUUCCUGUCCCUUUUCACUUCUCCCGCUCCCACUUUCUCUCCCCUCUCCCUUCUUUUCCCUUUUCUUUCUUUCUUUCCUUUUUUUUUUUCCCUUCUUCUUGCUUCCGCCGCCCCCUUCCCUCAUUCCUUCCCUCCCUCUCACUCCUAACCGUGCUGCUGGACGCCGUGAUAAUCACUCCGGUUCAUUCUUUACCCUUCCCUUCUUCCUCUCUCUCUCCGCUAACCGGCUUCCGCCCAGCGCCGGCGCUGUCCCUCUCUGUCGGAUCUUUUAACGGUUUUUUUUCCCUCUUUGUGAAGAAAAAAGGGUAAGGGUGCAGGGCGAGAGAUAGCUUGACCACCCGCACCCAUCUCCGAACUAUCAUUACGGCAACGACAAACACGGUUAAUCAUCAUCUGCUUCUUCCUUCGCCAACACGGUCCGAGGCUUCGGGUCGACACUCUCUUUCGACUGGUGCAGAGGUUUCUAUUCCAAUCCAAGCUCUUAGGUAUGUACCCGCUUUUAAAUUAACCAGCCACAUGCCCUUGCUUGCACACUCACACGCAAACAAGGCGAGUGUAUAUGCUGGUAUUUGGAUUUAUUCUAUUCCACUCCAAUCUAUCCUCUUCAUUCCCCACCUUUUCCAUUUUUCUCGCCCGCCACUCUCCAUUCCCUCAUCCCCCCCUUUUUUAUCCUUUAUCCGUUGCCCGCAACAGCGAGGUCACAUUUCAGGGGGACUAACAGUUCAUUCCGCCAACCAGCUACCGCAUUCCACCACCCUCUUUCCUUCUCGCGACAAACACACACCAACCAAUCACAACGAUGCAGAGCACCGUCCUUUCCUAUUUACUGUUGGCGGUAUCGGCGCUGAGCGUCGUCACAACAGCACUUUCAAGUCCUGCCGCAAUGCUCAUAGUGCCCGGGAGCGUGCCAGAGUCGGAGUCAAGCUGGCACAACCUGCUUCGCAGGGAUACGGACGACAGGAUUGCUCGACGCCAAUCGAAUGGGGCGAGGAAUGAGUCUGAUAUUGAGAAACUGGAUCUGCAGAGCUGGGCGAGGGAGACGACGCUCAGGUGUAUCGACAGGCUGAAGAACGUUACAAAGGCUUCCAACCCUUCCGGCAUCGCCGUCUGCUACAACCUUCCAUUUCAGAGCAACGAUUCGGGCGUUUUCGCGGCCGAUCUGAGGCUUUACCAGGUUUCGGCUCCGGAGGGUGAUUGGGCUACGGUUGGGGGGAACAUUGAUGUCUCUCUGAUGUAUAAUGGCGCGGCGGUGCAGUUGAGGAACGAGACGGCCGAGGAGGCGGCUGCAACGGCACAGGCCUCUGCGAAUUCUGAGGGUCCCCAAAAGGUCCAGGAGUUUCACUUUAUCGGGCAGAUUGACAAGAUGCUUUUGGCGGACGACAUGACUGAGUAUGCUUUCCCCUCCCCAGGAAAAGCCAAACAAGUGGAAUGGUGGACUGAACAAUGUUUGAUUAUAGGCGCGAAUUGCAGAACAUGUUGAAGCCGAAUAUCUCCCUUAUUGCAAGCACUUCUGAGGGCAGACAAUUAAGCACUGUCCUCUCCGCUGACGAGGCAACCUUCGUCAACGGCGUAUUUGCGAACGUAGCCUCAGCCAGCCAAAACAAUACAGCGACUAUCGAUGGCCCGUUCAAGCUCCCCGGAACCAAAAUCGAGAUUGUACCGAUUGGAUUGUACUUUUUCGGGACAUAUCUGGUCAUUGCGUGUUCCAUCUUUGGAUGGGGUAUGUAAAUUCCUUCCAUACUGGCGGUGGAGAAUGUCGACUGACUGUGAUUUCGAUAGGCACCUUUGAAAGACAAAAGUUCCGAGACCAAUACCGCAAGAGGAUUGCGCAGAAGGGGGCAGCUGGUGGUCGAGGGGGGAUUUAAAGCAAGAGAACUUGUCUCUCUAUUCCCUUGCUUCCCCCCUAGUCAUGAUCUAGCUAUGCUCUAUCCCUUUCCUGUUUUAGCCCAGCAUUUAUCAUAGUCCUACAUACGUAAAAACCUGUUCUUGUAUUAUUUAUUACUUUCGUGAAGGUUAGCGUCUACUCUCUUCUUUUCUUCUGUGGAUACUUGGGAAUAGGUGGCCUUGUCUUUUUUUUUUUGGUUUGAUUGAUAACAGGGGUUCUUCACCCGCUGCCUCUAUUAUCCGCCUUUCUUUUACAAGUACUUUUUUUUAUCUUGGGGCAUUUAUGGAGUUUUCUCUCUCCUUUGUUUUUGUUUGUUAAUUGGCUGUCUGUAGUUGACGGGGAAGUCGGUCGAUCGGUGGAGGAGGAUGGAGGCGGGGGGGAGGGGAAGUAAAGUUGGCUGACUUAAUUAGAGAUUCGGUAAUAUACGGUAGCAUUCUUUGGCUGGUUUUUUUUGGAGUGUUUCUCUUGGUUUUUCGGAAAGUGGUGUGAUGGGGGAUUUUUUAGGGUGAGGGUGGCGAUAUGAUGGUCCCGAAUAUCGAUCAAUUGAAGCUUUUGAUGAUGUAUCGACAUUGCACUGAAAUGGGCACGGUAAUCCGUAUUGAAAAUCAAAAGCCCAGUAUCAUAUGAGCACCCGCCCUGGCGCCGUAACCAAUCCCCGCACCAGGACUACCGGCACCACGAGUAGCGAAUCACGAAUUAUCACUGCGACAAAUUCAACUCUAUAAUGUUAUUAUUAUAGUAGCAGAAUUGCUUUCGUCAUUUCUCCGGAAACCCUCGUGCAGAUAUGUCAUCACAAUUAGUGGAGAAAAGAAAAAAAAAAGUUUGAAAGGAGAGCGAACCAUAUAUUGGUAAGCCGUUAAAUCCACACUCUUACAUCAUUCAUUCGCACUUGUAAUGGCACAGGUACGGGGUACAGACAGUACUAUACACCUCGCUUUUCUCCCCUUUCCAUUCCAUCCCUCCCUUCCUCCCUUCCAAACAACGAUACGCCAAAACCGGACCAAAUUCCACAAACCAGCACGGCGAUCGUCAAGUCAACUACCGGUAGUAAACUCGAGAAUUCACGUUCAUGAUAUAUUACCGCAUGCGGACGACGAGUGUCCUGCCAUCCACAUGCUCCGGCGGGAAGGGGAAGGGGAAGGGGAAGGGAGGGAACGCAAUAUCUGUUAUUUGGUAGGAAAAUAUGUAUGCAUGUACUUGUAUAUAUAUACGGUGGGAUGCGAUGCGAGGGGGACUUUUCCAACGGGUUUUACAUUACCGUACCGGUGCGAUGUACCGUAGUGGGUGCCCCUCUGGCGGAAGGGUAUCUAUCUAUCUUAUCAUACAUAACUGUACGGUAGUCUACAUCGCGCGGAUGGCAUAAUUAUCAUGACACGAACACGCCCGCCACGAAAAGCCCUCCCCCACCAACUCGACCCGACCCAGUCCAACCCAGUCUCGCCCGUUUCUAAUCCGUAAAUGGUUUCACAAGGCCCUGAAACCCCUGCGGCGGACAAAGAGAAGGGGGGAAAAAAGGAAAAAAAUAAAUAAAAAAGGAAAGAGGAAAGUAUAAAUAGAAACCCCUAACCCUACCCAUCUGCCGAUCUCCCGAUUCCCGAGUUGAGCCGCUGACGUAGGGGGUAAACAAACCCCGCCUUCUGGGCUGGGAGGAGGAGGAGGCUCAAUUAAGUAUUAUUAUGUGAAGCUUGUAUUGUAGGCCAUGGCAUUGGAUUAUCGAAAUUUAAUUUUUUUUCGGCGGAAAUGGUUUUAAAUAAGUAAAAAAGGGCCAAUUAUCACUGCUUGCAUACCUCGUGGCAUACUCAUGGCAUGCAAGAGCUGGCUUUUUUUUCUUUUCUUUGGUACGUCCACCCCGUCCAAUGUGUUUCCCCUGGUAGAAAUAAAUUCGGAGAGAACACCGAGUAGACUAAUAAAAGGGAAAGACAUAGAAUGAAAGGGGAAUUUUUUUUUGAAGAGAGAAAUAAAUCAAGACAAGAAAAAGAAAGGACAUGCAUACUUUCCCUACAGACAUCAUCAUGGCCCGUUGCGUACAGUAUUUUUUUAUGUUGUUCUUGCUCCUUUCUUUUAACUCCUCCCCAGAGACAUUAGUCGUUUUCCUGUCCUCCUCCAACUCAAUCUCGUGCCUCAUAAGACGCCUGUCAACCAGUCAACUUUCCACACCACACCCAUACACACACUCAAACACAACAGACGCCCCAUUCAAAUCAAAAGUAGCAAACCAAAAAAAUACAGUUUUGCUAUCAUACCUUCCCAUCAUAACUAUACUUUCUGGAAGGGCAAGGGAAAGAAGUAACGUUAGCAAAAAGGAAAGAAAAGAAAAAACCAGAGUUAAAAACGAGAAUGCCGCCGAUAUAAUAUAAUAUAAAAAAGGGAAUCAAAAAAUCACCAUCCUGAGAAACGAAACGAGGAAAGCAGCACUCCCUGGAUAAAUGGUAUAAUGAGCAAACAAUCGACAUGACGAGAAUAUACGGAAAGAUAAGAAAAAAAUUUGCCAAAAGAAGAAACCCCAGGCAAGAAGGAAAAACCCGGAUUUUGGAAAGAAAAAAAGUGUAAAUGCUAAACCCGGCAGCAAGACGCGUAUAUGCAAAACCUGAAAAGGAAGAAGAAAAGAAAAAAAACAAGUAGAGAAUUGACAAACAGUGAUACCACGGUUCGGAGGCAGACUAGUAGUAAGCCGGCUUCUUCGGCUUUCUCCAGUAGUAUUGCUAAGCACCCGGUUAGUUUAUGCUCAUACCCAUGCAAACAAAGAAACCACGAUCACAUCAUCUUACCUUAUGAGUUCUUCUACACGCCCUCAACCCAACUCUCCCCAUUCCCUGCACGACAGCACCGCGUCUGCCGAGAUCUGUAUCACGGUCGGGGACAUAGUAAUAUUCACUUUCUAGUGGCUUUCCAGCCGCGUCUUUACCGGAUCGUUUGAUUUCUCCGAUGCAAGGAAGACUAUCUAAAACCUCGAUAAGACGCUCCUUGUUAACCAAUGGCGCAAGCGAUGAUGGGAGGUUUGACAAGAGUGCAGAGAGCGGGGUGGAAGAAAGACGCGAGAAAGCAAGUUGGUUGGUGAUGUGAUUCUGGAGAGUAUUGGCCUUGGUGGGGGAAACUGAAGCACUUCGACGCUUUAUGGGUGAGGAGAAGGCGGAUGAUCCGCGGGCAACAUACGAGGUUGGGGGAGUGGCUGGAACACCGAGGGGUUCGGCGGUAGAGAAGGUGACCAUUGGAGGGAGAGAGGGCUCCUCUUCGCGGAAACUCUGCGCAAUGGCAUCGGUAUUAUCCUCAAAAGAAUCACCAUCCUGACCCUCAUCUUCAUCUUCGCCCUCACUGUCACCAAGCAGAGACCUCAUUGCCUGGGAAAUCUCCUCCUUCUCAGAUGGCUCGGGAAGGGUAGACCGGGCCCCCUCGUUAAAGUCAGGCACAGGCUCAUCCUCGUAGAUUUCCAAAAAGGUGUCAGUCAUCUGGGAUUCCGACAAAAGCAUAGAGGAUGAAUUUCCGCCUCCCCUUUUAUGGAGAGGAGAGACAGGUGAACGGUUGCGUUUCUCACCGAGCAUGGCACCGCAACGACGGAUGCUGUUUCUUGCAUCAGAGCCGCAGGGGUCAACGUUCUCAUCGUUAUCAUCUACCCAUCCAAUGGAUGGACUCCUGGAUACCCUACCAGUGGGUGAGCCCAGGGCCGGGAGACUUGCGGAGCGAGACCGGCCUGGCCAUGCAAGGACUACACGUGAGUCCUGGACAUCAAGCAUAAUCUCUGCAUGCUCAGUUUCGGACGUGAACACAUCUCCCUUUGCCAACUCCCAGGCAUGGCCCUGGCAAUGAACCUUUACGCCGUUCCAACCUAGACAUUGGAUCUCGACCUUUGGCCUUGAUGCUGUGGUUAGAUAUAGUGCCUUGACGUGGACGCGUGAUAUCAAUCUAUUGGCAGAAAGCUGAUAGUGAGAUGAAUUGCUGGACCUUCCCAAAAGGACGGGUUCACCGUUUUCCGGCAGGGUGAUGGAUGGGAUACCACCCAAGGGAGAGCGUUCGGAGAGAGCAGGUUGACUUUGUUCGGGUACGGGUUUGCACGAUAGCUGAGGGGGGGGGGACGAGAGGACGCCGAGAGAGGAUGAGGGAACAGGGGUCGGAUAUCUAUUCUCGCUCUCCGAUACGCGAGACUUGUGACGCUUAAAACAUGGUGGGGAGGAACUCGGUUCGAAGGCUGGCAAUAAAGAGCCAGGUGCUGGGCGUUUUACACCAGCGGCAGCAUUAUUCACGUCGAGGACCCUUCGCACGGGUGAGGAAUCCAUCGAGGUUCGGCCGGCUGGUGCUGGGAGGAUUUUAUCCUCAGUUGUCCUCUAUUUCCACGAAACGAUGAAAUAGCGAUAAAUGAGUAUUUUUAUCGAUAGUAUAAAACGGACGGUUGGAUAUAUCCUCCCUCAGCUGGAUAAAGGGUCGCGUGGUGAAUAGAAUUGAGGGGGGGGGUGGGUUCCGUAGUCGGUAGGAGCCAAAAGCACUUUACACGCAAUUGCGGUUAAGAACACGGGAGCGUGUAAAGCGUUGGACGCAGCACGAUAUCCGAGAAUGAGAGAGUGUGAAAUGGGAUUAUACGAGCAAAGAAUGAAAGCACGGAAACGAGGAGAGAAGAGGGAAAGGAAAGG